UCGGGCUUCCUUCGAAUGGGCCACCGUUUAUUCGAUCCGACCCGAUCACUGGCCCCCGUUUUAUUCCCCGCUCUGCACUUCGAAGGUUCUCCGACAACUGGUGACAGGAAGUCAAAGAGCUGCCGGAGUUUCUCAAUGGCAAGUCAAACCAUGCAGGACCCACGAUCGAUUUACGACUUCACGGUGAAGGAUGCUGAUGGGAAAGAUGUGAGUCUCGAUAUGUACAAGGGAAAGGUCAUGCUCAUUGUUAAUGUUGCCUCUAAAUGUGGAAUGACCAAUUCAAAUUACACUGAGCUCAACCAUUUGUACAACAAGUACAAAGGUCAAGGCUUAGAGAUAAUGGCAUUUCCAUGCAAUCAAUUCGGUGAUGAGGAACCAGGAACUAAUGCACAAAUCACGGAAUUCGUCUGCACUCGCUUCAAAUCAGAAUUUCCCAUCUUUGGCAAGAUUGAAGUGAACGGGCCAAAUGCAGCUCCACUAUAUACAUUCUUGAAGUCAGGCAAAUGGGGAAUCUUCGGAGAUGAUAUUCAGUGGAACUUUGUCAAGUUCCUGGUCGAUAAGAAUGGGACAAUUGCACAUCGUUACUACCCCACAACUUCUCCUCUUACAGCUGAGCAGGAUAUUAAGGAGCUGUUGGAAACAACAUCAUGAAGAAAAUCAUUCGAGGCCUGGAGGAGUCGUGUGCAAUCCAGACUUGUUUGUGGUGUAUUGCCAAUGCAUUGUUAAUGUAAUUUUCGGUCUUGAGACGCUGUAUGUGGUUUGUUCCCUCGCUUCUGUGUAGUGAAAGAAACCGUGAUCCUUUUGUACAAGUCUGCAAAUGUGCUUUUCUCAGCCUUUUGGCUAGAGUGCUGUAGUGCUGUAUUAACCUUGAGACAAAGCAUUGAUGGCUGAAUUGAAAAUGAUAAUAAUGAUAGAGAGGCUGUCCAAAGUUAUAUCAAA